AUGAACAACAUCCUUUCAAUCACCAUUUCCUCCUUCCAAUUCCACAGAGAUAGACAACAUCACUUUCAAUCACCAUUCCUCCUUCCAAUUCCACCAGAUAGACAACAUCACUUUCAAUCACCAUUCCUCCUUCCAAUUCCACCAGAUAGACAACAUCACUUUCAAUCACCAUUCCUCCUUCCACAGACAACAUCACCUUUCCUCCUUCACCAUUCCUCCUUUCAAUCAAUUCCACCAGAUAGACAACAUCACUUUCCUUCACCAUUCUCCUUUCCAAUUCCACCAGAUAGAGAACAUCACUUUCAAUCACCAUUCCUCCUUCAAUUCCACCAGGGAACAACAUCUUUUCAAUCACCAUUCCUCCUUCCAAUUCCACCAGAUAGACAACAUCACUUUCAAUCACCAUUCCUCCUUUCAAUUCCACCAGAUAGACAACAUCACUUUCAAUCACCAUUCUCCUUCCAAUUCCACCAGAAUGACAACAUCACUUUCAAUCACCAUUCCUCCUUCCAAUUCCACCAGAUGAACAGCAUCACUUUCAAUCAUUCCAUUCCUCCCCUUCCUUUUCCACCAAUAGACAACAUCACUUUCAUUCACCCAUUUCCUCCUUCAAUUCCACCAGAUAGACAACAUCACUUUUCACCAUUCCUCCCUUCGAAUUCCACCAGAAGACAACAUCACUUUCAAUUCACCCAUUUCCUCUUCAAAUUCACCAGAUCCUUCCUGAAUAAACAACAUCACUUUCAAUCACCAUUCCUCCUUCCAAUUCCACCAGAUAGACAACAUCCUUUCAAUCACCAUUCCUCCUUCCAAUUCCACCAGACAACAUCACUUUCAAUCACCAUUCCUCCUUCAAUUCUGAAUGAACAACAUCACUUUCAAUCACCAUUCCUCGCAAUUCCACCAGAAUGA